AUGGAGGGGAGAAUGGAGGACUGGUACACACACAAUCCCGUGCUGUUACACUGGGUCUUCCUGGAUCCCAUACUGGCUGGAACAUGUGGACAUUCUGUGGUAGGUGUUGGUAGUGUGGCUGGGCUGAUGGAGGGGAGAAUGGAGGACUGGUACACACACAAUCCCGUGCUGUUACACUGGGUCUUCCUGGAUCCUAUACUUGCUGGAACAUGUAGACAUUCUGUGGUAGGUGUUGGUAGUGUGGCUGGGCUGAUGGAGGGGAGAAUGGAGGACUGGUACACACACAAUCCCGUGCUGCUACACCGGGAUUUCCUGGAUCCUAUACUGGCUGGAACAUGUAGACAUUCUGUGCUACUAGCAUUCCUGACCCAUGCCAACAAGGAGGAAGUUGUUGACUUGCUAUGUGUGGAGAAUAAUAGAAAUACUGACCAGAAUGCCUUUCUACAGUUGGCCCAGGGUCAGGCAUUUAUGAUGGCCUUGCUGAGGAUUCUAACUUCAGGCAGCAUUGACGUUGUUUCCAAGGCUAUGUUGAUGUGUGAAACACUUUUUGGCUACAGAUCGGAUAUCACAGAAGUUAGUCUCGGGGCUGACACUUCACAUAAUGUCCAGCAGAAGGACGCUAGAUGGGAAGAUUUCGAUGUCUUGUUUGAAAAGGUGUCCGAGUCAGUUGCGAAAAUAUUCCUGAAGAGUUGUCCAGAAUCAGAAGAUCACAACCUAACGAGCCUCUUGUUUGUGCUGCUGAUGUUAUGUAAAGUUCGGCCCCAGUGCUCUGUUGACGUCAAAGUCAUCUACCAUGUUUUAAACACCCUUGGAGGUAAGUCUGAGGGGCUAAGUACAGAGGUGAAGAGGGUGUGUCUAUUGGUCAUUCUGGCUACCCUGUCCACCCUUCAUGGGACAAGGGAGCAGGCAAACCAUCUUCCAGUGUGUACAAUGGUGUGUCAACACGAUGGGUUCCUGGGGCACCUGCAGGCUUGUCUUGAUGGGAGAUAUGGGGAUGAGAUAUUCUCCAUCGCCACUGACAUACUGGCAGGCAUACUCUCAUACCCAGACGUAAAGUGUUCAGUGCCACUGGAGUUGGAGCUGACCAGACUGUACACGAUUGUCACCCAGUGUAGUGGGUCACGUCAGACUGCCAGUGUGGGUCUCCUGGGGGCGGUGUACAGAACUGGCCUGUCUCAUGGGGCAAUAUCCCUCACAGGCCGGCUUGAUGAGGGGCAGUAUAGGGCACUGCACAUAUACCUUCAGCAGCUAUGCCUGCAGGAAUCUGAAGUGUCGUCUGUUGCGGUCAGCUGUAUGGUGGCACUGCUGAAAUACCUUCUUGAUGAAUGCCCAGAAAUAGGUUGUGAGUUGGUCAGCCAGCCCUGGAACCUAACACUUUUGGAUGUGAUUUUGGAUAUCAGUGACGUGCCGCUCACAGACCACCAAGUCCAGCUAAUCACCAUGUUGAUGGAGAGUAAGGAGACCUGUACCCAGCUCCAGCACUAUGAUGGUUUAGUGGAGAAACUGGUCGCAGUUAUAAACCAAGGGCAGAAUCAUGGUUCACAUGGAAACUCCAGGCUGGCUCAGCUCCUGCUCAAGAAGUUCCAAUCAAAGCUCACAGCGGAAGAAUGUGUUGUGCUUAGAAAAAUUGGUUCAUGUGCCAGUGCAUUUAGUGUGAAUGUUCCACAGGAAGUUUAACAGGCCAUCAAUGCAGCCUUUAUGAUUAUGCCAUUUGAAGACAUCGGUUGACUUUGUAGGAAGAUACUUAUAAAAGGAAUACUUUGCAGAACAUGAACACUCUUAAGAUGUGUUUAUUAUUAAGAACAUAUCAUUAUUUGACCAUGCAUACAAGCAAUAACAAAAAAAACACUGAAAUUAAUUAUAUAAUCUUUACUGAAACUAAAAUAGUUGUACAUGUCACUGGCAACAAUAUUACUGUUGAGAAUUUUUUUGAGUG